GUAAUCCAGAACUCUAUGGCAGCGACAGGGGGGAGCUCGCCCGGCGCGUAAACGCUCCCACAACGUGCGCGCACACUGUCUCACGUCACGGAAGAUAACAGCACUAUGACCAGCAUGGACAAGCCGCGCCCCAAGCUGUUGAACAGCGUGGAGCGGUGCGUUGACGAGGCGCUCGAAGGCAUCGUCGGUAGCAGCGGCGGUCUGUCCCUUCUGCGUGGACACCGCGUUGCGCUGCGCUCCGACCUCGCGGCGCUGAGCGGGAAAGUAGCGCUGCUGUCUGGAGGCGGGUCUGGGCACGAGCCAGCUCACGCAGGGUACCUGGGGCAGGGCAUGCUGUCAGCAGCGGUAGCAGGGGGGGUGUUUGCCUCCCCCCCCCCCGGCAGUGUCCUGGCAGCCAUCUUGUCCCUCCACCAAGCCGGAGCAGCAGCUGUGCUCCUAUUGGUCAAGAACUACACCGGCGACCGUCUCAAUUUCGGAUUGGCCGCCGAGCAGGCCCGUAACCGUGGCGUGGCUGUCGACAUGGUGAUCGUCGCCGACGACUGUGCCUUCGAUCGCCCCGGCAAGACGGGGAGGCGGGGCCUGUGCGGGACCGUGUUCGUCCACAAGCUUGCUGGAGCUCUUGCUGAAGAAGGGUCUCCAUUGACUGAGAUCGUCUCCAAGGUGACGGAGGCGAUGAAGGGGAUUGGUACUCUGGGAGUGAGCCUGUCUCCCUGCAGUGUUCCUGGUUGUUUGCCUUCCUUCAGCCUGCAGCCUGGAGAUAUGGAGCUGGGACUGGGUGAGGAGGGG